ACAGUGGACCGGACUGACGGUCAGUGUACAGGUCGUGUCUCACUGUCGCUGGACGUUGGGACUGGACUCCUCGGUGCCACCAGUAGACAAGCCAUUACGUUGGGACUGGAUCUCAAAGUGGUGAUUCUCUUUCACAGUGCUCUUCCUAGUGUCAUAAUCUUUGACAGUUUUAGGACUGAAGGGUGUUUGUUUUCAUAAGGAUUACAUCCCUGUUGACCAGCCUCCAUUAACCCUUGGAUCCCAUUGUUUUUUCAAUGGGAUUAUGGACGGUUGUGCUGGUGACAGUAGUUUGUUUUGAAAGUGGUAUCGUCAAGAAGAGAGUAUAACUUUGCCUUGAGGUGAAACAGGUUUAGAGACAUGCAUACUUAAUACAAGCAUCCCAAGCUACGUUUGACAGUGAUGCGUCCUGAGUUGUGACCAGAAACAGUUCUCUCUACACAGUGAAAGUUGUUGCAGUGCUGCCUGACUAUCGCCACACUGAGCAAGUUGGUUGCUAUGGUUUUCUGUGUUUCCAAAUAAUGACAAUAGGCUCUUGCUCGACAUUCAAAAUGGGCUCCAAAGUGGGAGAUACGGCCUCGUAUACCAUAGAUACUGAGGAGUGUAAUGGCCACCUGUUGCAGAAUGGUAAGGUCCACCAGAACGGCACCGCCCCGCAGGAGAUGUUGGUUACGGAGGCAGAACACAACGAAAAGGAGAAGGAGAAGUCCUCUGGCAAGGUAGUGAAGCAGCAGCAUUUCAGGGAGAAGGUGGUGUUUGUGGUGUCCGUGGCAACAGUCAGCUUGUUGACACACAGCCUCAUCUCCGCUCAGUUCCUCAUCCCAUACUUCUACUCAGUCACCGCCCCCAUACUGCUGCUCAUCCGCUGUAUCAUGUACUGGUUAUGUAAAUGGCAGUAUUUUUUACUAGAUUUCUGUUACUUCGGAAACAUCACGUGCUAUGUGUUUAUUUGGGCGUUCCCCCAACAGCCGGAGUUCUUCUGUGUGUUGUUCGCCUUGGCCAACGGCCCGAUCACAUGGGCUCUCGUGUUGUUCCGAAACUCUCUCGUGUUCCACAGCUUUGAUAAAACUGUCUCCAUAUAUAUCCACCUGAUGCCAGCCCUGUUGUCCUUCACGAUACGAUGGUACCCAGAAGAGACCUCUAAGCUGUGGUACCAGGAGAUGAUGCCAACCUUCGCUGACUGGAGCUUUGCAUGGCUUGUCGGCGUACCCUUGGGGUGCUUUAUGGUUCACGGUCUGUUUAAUGCGGUGCUGUUGAGUGUAAUUCUGAAACCGACACCAGAAUAUUCGACCAUCUACCGUAUCCUUACAGCCGAUGAGAAGAGUCAAAGCUUCCUGUUGUUCGACAUGUGUGGACCAAAGUAUCGCUACAUGAUGUACCUGAUGAGCUACUGGGUCUUCUGUCUGCUGUCUGUGCUCGUCGGCAUCCUGUGGUACAACUACUUCAUCGCUCACUGCAUCUACCUCUCCUUCGUCAUGCUCAUCGCCACCUACAACGGCGCCUGCUACUACCUGGAUGUGUUCAGUGUCCGCCUGUUGAGGAAGCAUUUGCAGAAGGAAAGCCAGAUUCAGGCUGACAACUCUGAUGUAGAGUGAUCUGUUUGUCCACGUCUGCUCACUCCGUCUGCUCCUCACGACAGAGUGACCUUGAACUUGAGACAGUCCUAUCCUCUCAGUGACUGGAAUGUUUCUUCCACGGACAUGAUGUUGAUGAAGCAAACCAUGACAUAUUAUUUAUCAUUUAUUUAUUAUGAGAUAUUCUCAGUCAUACCAGAAGACUUUGCUUUCAGUGUUUGCAUAAAUAUUGUUCACAUGUAAUGAAAGAAAGUUUGAGUGGGUGCUGAAAGUGAAAAUAUAGUCACUCGUUCUUGUUCUUGUGAACUUUGUACAUGUUCUUGUUGUGAGUAGAAGUCACUAAUUUUAGAGACCAAUUCCUUAAUAUUGUUUUCCUUCAUUAGGGUCCUCAGUGUCAAGUCUUAUUGUGACUGGAGGCCCUUGUUGACUUUCUGAUCACAGAUUAGGUCAAGGUUGACCAGAUUUGGCCGGGGAUGACUGAACCUGGCAUUGCGUUGCACCCUGGGUCGGAUAUAUUGUAAUGAAAAGUUGAACCCAACGAUAGAUAGUCAUGUGAUAGCUUCCAGCAAUGCAUGUAUUUAAGCCUUGGGCUAAUUACGGGGUUUACAUUUUUAUAUUUUAUUAAGUCAUUUUUUAUUCAAGUUUAAACUCUUGGCUGAACGUGCUGAAAACAAGUAAAUGUUAACACUUGGAACAGAAUUUAAAUAUUUAAUGAACAUUUAUGAAAAAAUAGGUAACUUUAAACAAAUGUAAUAAAAUGAAAGUCAUCACAUUGUGUGGUGGGUUGGAUGGGCCGUGACGCACAAUGAUGUUAUUAUUCAGUCAUACAGCCUCUCAGUUUCACCGGUUGCAGCGAGGGGCAGUCGGGUAGCCUAGUGGUUAAAGCGUUCGCUCGUCACGCCGAAGACCCGGGAUCGAUUCCCGACAUGGGUACAAUGUGUGAAGCCCAUUUCUGGUGUCCCCCGCCGGCAUUUUGCUGGAAUAUUGCUAAAAGCGGCGUAAAACCAUACUCACUCACUCACUCACUCACUCACUGUUGCAGUGCGCCCCAGUAUUCCCAGUACAUGAGGAGACCAGCGUAUGUUGAACAUGUGGAACUCACAGUGAGGACCUGGCUCCAACUCGCCAUUCAUUAAUAUGCUCUUACAUGUUUUAGAACAAACCCCAAAUUUUAAUUCAAUUUUAAGCAUAUAAAUUAGCAUAUUACCUUAUCCGUCAUGCAUGGCCUAGUGUAGUGUACUGUGCCCCCAUUCCACAAGGAGAUCGUAGGGCUACGACUGUCGUAAGUCCAUGUUAAAGUAUGGCAGUUACAAUCAUCUUAGCGCUAAGAUCACUUUGUCGAAAGGGCCCAGGAACGAACUUAAUAUUACUAUUAUGAAGUUAUCUUUGCACAUUUAAAACCUUUGUUCGAAUGUAUUGGACACUUGCACUGUUAUUCCAAUCAGCUUGUGUGGUAUCAUUUUGAAAUAAUUAGAAGAAGGUAUUGAAGACAAUUCAUACUGUCGUGAUCGAUCAUGUAUCCUGGGACAGCAAGUUCAUCCCAAAUGGCCAUCAGUUCUAAAUAUUGCAAUACCAUGACGGCUCCACAUGCUUCAUUUGACAACAAAAUUAUAUCAGCAUAAAAUUAUGAUUGAAUAUUUUGAUGAAAGUCAUUUUUUUUGUAGCAGCAUAUAUCAUUUUGAUAUAUAAAAUCAUAUUUUCAUAUAGCCUAUGUGUUCAGGGGGCUUUGAAGCGUCACCCUUGAUUAUGUCAUAAAGCGUGUGGAUAAGUAUUGUUUAGGGGCACAAAAAAAAGGUGAGGCUCGAAAACAACUGAUUUAGGGAUGUAUCACUUGUAAAUGCCAUUCAAUGACUACAUUAUUAAUGUUGUAAGUUCUGUACCUACGUAACAGGUUCAUCCUGAACUAUGACUUUGUUUAAAUACUGUAAAUCUUGAAAUUAACGUAAACGGGAAUUAAAUGCGAAAAACGCAAGUGGUCUUUACUCGUAUGAAUUAAACUUUGCAUAUGUGUCUCUAAAAUGACUAUCAAUAAUAAGACGGCCUCACUGCUCGCUUUGGAUAGUGGAAAUACCAACUUGAAUAUAAACAAACAACGAUAUAUUCCACAUCACGGUUUAUUGUUUUUACGGAAAUUCUCUACUCGGCGCUAAUAAGCGGUGAUAUUUGCUGUUUGACUGGAUUAGGGUAAGGUUGGAUUAUGGUAAGGUUGGAUUAAGGUAAGGUUGGAUUAAGGUAAGGUCUUGAAGGAAUGUGAGAUAUAUCCUCUUGUGUGCAAUGUCUAGUGCAAUAAGACUAAAGUGAAAUGUGCAAUCCUAACAUUCCAUAACUAUUGAUGUUAUUUCUCAUAAACCAUAUCGAAUUCCCUUCUUGUCUUUAUUGAUGCCUGGUCUGAGGCAAGGGAGUUAAGUGACUAUAAAAUUCCAGUUUCCGUCCUCGCUGAACUAGGCUGGAAUUCUGGAGUUACAUUUUGGCCGGACUAACAAGACUAUGCAGAGUCCAAUCAAAGUUGCGUAAUGAAAUCAAUAUGUUCGUAAACUGCCGUGCAGAUUUUGGCCGAUUGCAGGAUUUGUUCAGCAUGUGUACUGUCAACUUAGGGUCAACAAAUAUAUUCCAAAUCCUUUCAUGUUUUUAAUCAAUUUUAUGUACUUUGUGAAGUAAGACAAUUAUCAAUCAGAUCGUCUUCACUGGGUGCCGUGAUUUUGUUUGAAGCAAAUUCAAGUGAUAUGAGAGGUGGAAUCUGAUUGGUCAAUAGGAGGGACAUAGAACUUGUAGUAGCCAGUGGUGGCGCUACGAUCAAAUCUAGAAAUUCCAGCCUAGUUCGGCAAGGGUGGAAACUGGACUCAGUCAGUCAGUAACUCCCUUGCCUAGAGAAGAUGGAUCUUGUAAAUCCUCUGAGAUGGUGAAGUGAAUACGCUGUUUUGCACUGGUUAAAAAUGUCUUGCAUUUGUCAUGACUGAUUUUGUUUGCACUUUGAGGACUCAGAAAGUUUACAUGAGGUCUUUUAAGUGAAAGAAGAACUUGUCUUUCAAUAUCAUUUAACAAAUAUUGAUUCUAUUCAAAAGAAUAAUGUUUUCCAUACAUGUAGUUAAGGCAAGACAAAUUCGAUUUCUUGUUCACUGAUUUUCUUGGUCAUGAUGUCACUACUAUAGAAUAAUCUGCAAUCAAAAUUAAAAAAUUAUGUUACCAUGGUUACAGGAAAGUAUGCUUUUUUCAUUCUCAUAUAUAACCUCUUCACUACAGAAAAAGCUACAAUCAAAAUACAAAAAUCUGUUACCAUGGUUACAACAAUCUCAUGAAAGUCAGAUCUUAGUGCUCACUACCGCUAAACACAGAUCCGAGGACAUCACAUUACGUGUGACACCAGAACGACCUUCCAUCUGACCAAUCAGAACGUCGCUUACUAAAUCAGGACAGUGAGAGUCGGAAUGUGUUUUUUUAAUCAUGCAACCUCAAAAGGGUUAAAUGGGGCAUUAUGAACAACAUUUACAGGCUGCACGACCGACUUCCUCAAAAUCAUUAUCUAUCCCUCGCUUCAAUUGAAUUUAAACGGAAGGGACUUUCUGUAGCCCGUGGGAAGUACUGCCGUAGUCCCGGCCAUCUGGUAAUCAUUUCACAAUGUUCUUCUGUUCAAUUUUCAAAUUUUUAAUCAGGACUUUUGCCAAUAUAUUAUGCAACUCGUAUUUGGAAUGGAUGUCCCCAGUUUGAAAAUAGUGCCAUAUACUUCGAAAAAGCUGCUUUCUGAUUUGCUAAUGUCGACUUCUUGUUAUUGAUUUCAUUAGUAGGUCAAAGUUCGUGAAGGGUCGUUCUGACGUGACCCGUAAUGGAAUGUCAUCCGAUCUUUGUGAGAACUAUGAUCUGAUUGGAAUGAGAUUGACGUUACAGGAGAGUAUGCUUUUAGAACUUAUUUUCAUGACAGAAUAUGUGUUUUAAUUUGAUGUCCGAUUACACUGUGACUUAUUGCACAUUAAGUGCCCGUGGUUCCAUUGAUGACACAUCUCUUUGUUGUCUAUCUUUACAACAGAGAAGUAGAAAUAUUAUUAGUUAUAAUGCUGAUCUGUUCUGACAAUGAAUAAUAUUGUGAUUUAAAUAGUAUAUGCCAUGAAAACAGUGCCUUUGACAAAUUGAUAUAUUUUGUGGUUGAUUUUAUCAUAGCCACAAGUUAUUUCUUUUUUCAUAGAAAUAUUUACCAGAAUUGAAGA